UGUGCCGUGGCUCCAUACUAUCAUUUUCUGCAUCAGCAACUUCACAUUUCGCCAUGAAAAUGAUUUGUCAACGCUGCCGGUCGAGCAUCCUGACCCGACUCCAGCCCCAGACUUUCACAACCCCGUUGAGCAUCAGUCAACGAGUCCAGUUUCGCAGCUACAGCGAUGGAAGGCCUACGGUAUCGGCUACACCUCCACCUCCAAAGCCCCGACAGCCUAUUGGCGACGACAUUACCAUCCCGUCCGCAAUCUCCUCAGCAACCCCUGGCGUCUCGCAGCCCUUGAGCACCCCGGAGGGCGUCCAUAUUGAUGUGAACCCCACAAAAGCUACCAAGCCAGUCGAGCGUCCCCCAAGCUCCUGCCCUGCCGGAACGCCUCUAGCAGGCCUCAACUACUUCAAGAACAAACCAGAGGUUGUGGCUCUGGAGGACUCCGAGUACCCCGAUUGGUUGUGGUCAUUGCUGGAUAGCACCAACAAGGAAGCCAAGAAGGGCGGCGUGGAUCCAAGCACUCUUAACAAGAAGCAGCGCAAGCGUUAUGAGAAGAAGAUGGCCGCUCGUGCCGCAACAUUACCGGUUCAGAUUCCCCUUCACCAUCAGGCCACGGAUAUUACGCCGGCCCACUACAACCGUAAUGGAGAGCCCUCAGAAGAUUUGCUGCAGAAGGCGGCGGAAAGUCAGGAGAAGCGGUCUGAGAUUACGAAGAGUGCUAGGGAGGCGCGGAGGAAGGCCAUUAGAGAAGCCAACUUCUUGAGCGGCCUUUGAUUGUCUUCUUCUCUGGCGUGUUCGGUUCAGGAAGCAUUGUUCUUAUACGAGUGUUCCGGUAGCUGUGUGCACAUUUUAGCUGGCCGCUUUACCAUGUAUUCUAUGACUUUUGUACUCAUUUUCAAUUCUCAGACAAGCG